AUGUUUGCAUUGAGACAAUUUCGUUUACCAUUAUGUUCAAUUCGAGGUUUAAUUUUAGCACGAGAUAAGAAUGCAUUGCGACUUUUACAAUCAAAUGGAUCACUUAAAAAGCAAAAAGUGCCCGAUUUAGAACAGACCGCGAGCCAAUAUUUCGAAUAUCGUUCAAAGAUAAUUGAUGAUCUUCGCCAUACAAAAGAUCCAAAUCCAUACCCACAUAAAUUCAGUGUAGAUAUCACUAUUUCACAAUUUAUUCAAAAAAAUUCGCAUAUAAAAGCAGGACAAGUAAAUACUGAAGAAACUGUAAGAAUAGCUGGUCGUAUCCAUAAUCAAAGGUCUCACGGCGAAUUAAUUUUCUAUGAUUUACACGGUGAUGGAACCAAAAUACAAAUUAAUGCUCAGGCGCAAUAUUCGGAACGUGAUUUCGCAAAAGUUCAUGAACACAUCCGAAGGGGUGAUAUAGUUGGAGUUAUAGGAUUUCCUGGAAGAACAAAAUUAGGCGAAUUAUCAAUAUAUUCGAAAGACAUUAUAUUGUUAUCACCAUGUUUACACCAAUUACCAACCUCACAUCAAGGAUUUAAAGAUAAUGAAAUGCGAUAUCGACGAAGAUAUCUUGAUUUGAUGAUGAAUAAUGAAAUACGAGAAAAAUUCUUAAUUAAAUCAAAAAUUAUUAAUUAUCUUCGGCGAUAUUUGGAUGACCAAGGGUUUUUGGAAGUAGAGACACCGAUGAUGAAUUUUAUUGCGAGUGGAGCAUCAGCUAAACCAUUUGUAACCCAUCAUAGUCAUCUUAAACGUGAUUUAUAUUUAAGAAUUGCACCGGAAUUAUUUUUAAAACAAUUGGUCAUAGGCGGAUUAGAAAAAGUUUAUGAAAUUGGAAGACAAUUUCGGAAUGAAUCGAUCGAUACUAAUCAUAAUCCUGAAUUUACUACAGCAGAAUUUUAUUUGGCUUAUGCUGACAUGUUUGAUUUAAUGCAAAUUACUGAAGAUUUAUUGGGAAAUUUGGUUUAUGAUUUUAAAAAAAAAUAUGUUAUAGAUUAUGUUAUGGAUGACAAAAAAAUGCAAAUUGAUUUUAAACCACCAUUUAAAAGAAUUGAUAUCAUAGAAACUUUGAAAAAUAAGUUAAAUGUGAAAUUCCCUGAUGCGGAUCAAUUACAUACUGAAGAUACAAAUAAAUUCUUAUGUGAUUUAUGUGAAAAACAUAAAGUUGCUUGUAGUCCACCAAAAACAAAUGCUAGGAUGUUUGAUAAGUUGAUUCAAAAAUUCAUUGAAUCAGAUUGUAUAUCACCAACAUUUAUAACAGGUCAUCCACAAAUUUUAUCACCAUUAGCAAAAUCACAUCGUGAAAUUUCUGGAUUAUGCGAAAGAUUCGAGUUAAUUGUCGGUACUAAUGAAAUUAUUAAUGCAUAUACUGAAUUAAAUGAUCCUUUCGAACAACGGAAAAGAUUUGAAGAGCAAAGUCAUCAAAAAGACUUAGGUGAUGAAGAAGCUCAAAUUGAUGAUGGUGUAUUUUGUACAAGUUUAGAAUAUGGUUUACCUCCCACAGCUGGAUUGGGUUUAGGUAUUGACAGAUUAGCCAUGAUAUUAACUAAUAGUUCCAGUAUUAAAGAGGUUUUAUUAUUUCCAGCUUUGAGACCUUUGAAUUAAACUGUGAAUUUAAUAGUUAUUACGUAUUUAAAAUUAGCAUAGAAACGUCAUGUAUUACGUACGGGCUAUAACCUAACUUUGUCUGUAUUAAUAAAAAAUUGAUUUGCAAAAAAGAAAUACUAGUGCAUUCGGUUCAAUUGACGAUCACUUCGUUGGUAUAUACGUUGUUUUUCUCAUCUUCGCAAAAUUAUUAUGUACGGUUAAAAAAUUUCCAUUAUAGCGAAAUGUAUUAAAAUAGCUAUCAAGUAUCAUUU